AUGGGUCGAAGAAAAAUUGAACGAACAGAAGCUGAAGUAGCAGAAAUUAAAAAAGCACGUAAUGAAAAACGAAAAGAGCAGCGACGUAAUCGAUCGACGGAAAAGAAAAAUUGCAUAGUAACUCAACAAACCACUCCUAUUAUAAUUACAUCUAAUAGCGUAUGCAUUCCAAACAGAACAAAUGUAUCAUUAAUCAAUAAAUUAAGUACGCCAGAACAUUACAAUAAAUUUAUUAAUUAUACUUUUAAAAAUAAAGUAAACGAUUUACUUGCUACUCCUUCAACAUCACGUGAUAUAAUUCCGCUUACGUCAAAUCAGUUCCCAAGUCAGCAAUCUGAACAAACUAAUAGUACAUCAUUGUCCCCAAGACUAAUAGACUUUCAGAACUGGUCCUCGGAACAUAAUUCUAACAGAUCAUCACCGGUCCUGUUUACUGAGUCUCAGAAUUUUCUUUCUGAACAUGAUUACAGUACAUUAUCACAGCCUACAUUUACUGAACUUCAGAAUCAUCAUUCUGAGCACAAUUAUUACAAAAAAACAAUUAAUCAAUCUUCUAACAGUGUGAAUUUUACUAAUGAACACUUGAUUCAAAAUGAAUCGAAUGUAAAUAAUAUAAUCGGUAGAGAUAGAAUUCAACAAAAUUAUUUAGGUGAAAUGAAUGUUAGCUGUCAACACUGCAAUGCAAAACAUUUUAGUGCUGAAAAAGUAUCAAAUAAAGCCAAUUCGUUUAAUGAGUGUUGCCGCCACGGAGAAGUAGCAUUAGAAUCUCAGCCGGAAUUUCCGAUACUUUUGAAAUCUUUAUUUGAAGGAACUCAUGAGAAAUCUAAUAACUUUUUUAAUCGCAUUCGUAAUUUCAAUAGUUCGUUCUCUUUCGCUUCUUUUAACGCUAAUUUAGUUGAUUUAUCUUCUCAAAGACGGGGUCCAUAUUGUUUUAAGAUACAAGGACAGAUUUACUAUCAAAUAAAUACUUCUCUAUAUCCAAGUUCAAAUGAAUCUCCAAGUUAUGGUCAGUUAUUUAUUGUGGAUACUACCGAAGCAGUAGAAUGUCGAUCUAAAAGAAAUGUAGAUUGCGAUGUGAAUCUUCUGAAAGACAUCGACAUAAUAUUACGGCAACAUAAUAUUUUUGCUAAGUCCUAUCAAAUGAUGAAGGAUGUAUUAAAAAAUUCAUCCGUGAUUGAUGAAAACGGUGGUAUUGUUGAACCUGAGUUGAACUUAAUUUUUACACUGAAACCUGGUAUGGAUGUUAGGCGUUAUAAUUUCCAAAGGGUCAAUGAAGUUGCAGCAGUUUUCUCUACGACAGUUGACGGAGAAAUUCCUGAAUCUUAUGUUACGGUUCAAAAUAAGAAUACAAAAACUUUUCAGUAUCUAAGCACGAUGGAUCCUAAUACCGAGCCUUGGGUUUAUCCCUUAUUUUAUCCAACCGGUAAUCAAGGAUGGCAUGAGUCUAUACCUUACGUUCAUAAAACUAAUCGAAGGGUAACUCGGGCGGAUUAUUAUAAGUUUCAUUUAGCUACUCGUGACGAGUUUAAUGUUUUCUUAAUGGGACGUCGUUUAACCCAACAAUGGAUAGUUGAUAGCUAUGUUAAAAUAGAAAAAGAUAGAUUAAAUUAUUGUAAAUUUAAUCAGAAAAAAUUACGUGCUGAAUCGUAUCAAGGUUUAUUAGACCAUCUUCAUUCGCGGAAUAAUAAUAGUGAUACAAAUUCAAACAUAGGUAGAAUUGUUAUUUUACCUUCAAGUUUUCCUGGGUCAGCACGUAAUAUGUUGCAACAUUAUCAAGAUGCAAUGUCCAUCGUACGGAUAUUUCGUAAGCCAGAUUUAUUUGUGACUAUGACCUGUAAUCCUAAAUGGCGUGAGAUUUCGGAUAAUUUAUUACCUGGACAAAGCGCUUCAGACAGACCUGACUUAGUUGCACGCGUUUUUGAUUUGAAAAAAAACGCAUUGAUUAAAAUGAUUGUGAAAGAUAAUCUUUUUGGUGAAGUUGUUGCGUAUAAUUGGGUUAUUGAAUUUCAAAAACGAGCGUUACCACAUUUACAUAUGUUGAUAACGUUGAAAAGCAAUUGCAAAAUAGUAACCCCCGAUCGUGUCGAUGAAAUUAUAUCUGCAGAAAUCCCAAAUCAAACGAAUAAUCCUAUAUUGUAUGAUAUUGUUUCGAGAAACAUGCUUCAUGGUCCUUGUGGAGAUUGGUGUUUGAUUAACGGAGUUUGUUCAAAAAAGUUUCCUAAAAAUUUUCGUGAUGUAACAACGAUGGAUGAAAAUGGAUAUCCUUUUUAUCGUCGUCGAGACAACGGAACAACAUUCACGCGAAAUGAUUAUGUCUUCGAUAACCGUCAUGUAGUUCCUUACAAUGCAACUUUAUUAGUAACUUUUAAUUGUCAUAUUAAUGUAGAAGUCGUUUCCUCAAUAAAAGCAGUAAAAUAUUUAUAUAAAUACGUAUAUAAAGGUCACGAUAAAGCAGGAAUAACAAUAAAUGGGAGGAUCCCAAAUGAUCAACCUGCAUUAAGUAUAACCGAAAAUCGAACAUCAAACGAUUCGAACAUCAAUACAAUUGAUCACGAUGAAGUUCGUAACUUCGUCGACGCUCGCUAUGUUGGUCCUGUUGAAGCUGCUUGGCGAAUUUUAUCUAAGAAUUUACAAAAUAAAAGUCAUUCCAUUAUUCGUUUACCAGUACAUUUACCGAACCAGCAUAGUGUUACUAUAAAUGAUGAUUGUAAUCAUAAUGAACUCCAAGAAGCUUUACAAAAACAGACUAUGUUAAUCGAUUAUUUUUCUUUAAAUGAACGAGAUACAUCUGCUCGGCAGUACAUAUACAGUGACAUUCCACGUCACUACGUAUUUAAAAAAAAUAACGAAACUAAAAUUUCAUCUUGGCAGCCACGAAAAAGAAAUUUCAACGUUAUUGGUCGUAUGUAUUCUGUUAGUCCUUCUCAGAUUGAUUUAUUUCAUCUCAGAUUAUUAUUAAUACACAUUAAAGGUGCGAAAAGUUUCGAAGAACUUAAAACAGUGAACGGAAUCAUCUGUGAUACUUUUAUGUCAGCAUGUUUAGCUGCCGGAUUGAUCGAAGACGAUCAAGAAUGGAGACGUACGCUUAAUGAAGCGAUGAGUUGGAUGAUGCCACGACAAUUACGCUGUUUGUUUGCCCGUAUACUGAUUCACUGCCAACCUCUUAAUCCAGAAAAACUGUGGGAGGAGUUUAAGUUAGCAAUGUCUGAGGAUGUUUCUAGAAGAUUAGGCUUAGAAGAAGGACAGAAAAGAGCUUACGUCUAUAUUAAUUCUAUCCUUCAACGAGAAGGUCAUAGUCUUUCAGUAUAUCCUGGCAUGCCACAAAUAAACGAUAUUGAAAUUUCAAAUUUUAUUAUAAAUGCAAUUGAGUGUAACACAUGCGAUAUUCCUAACUGUGUCUACAUAGAUGGGCCUGGUGGAUCUGGAAAAACGUUUGUUUACACAACGUUAUGUCAAAUUCUGAAAAAUAAAAAUAAAAAUGUUUGUACAAUGGCGUAUACAGGCAUUGCAGCGACUCUUUUACCUAAUGGAAAAACUGUUCAUAAAACAUUCGGUUUACCUGUUCCCAUGUUUUCUGAUUCGUCAUCACAUAUUAAGCCUAAUUCAGUUCAAGGUGAAUAUUUAAAGAAUGUAGACGUAUUCGUUUGGGAUGAAGCUCCAAUGUCACCUCGACACGCUUUAGAAAUCAUCGACCGAACUUUACGCCACAUUAUGAACAAUGACAUUCCUUUCGGAGGAAAAAUGAUGAUUUUAGGUGGUGAUUUUCGGCAAUUGCUUCCAGUCCAACCUAAUGCUACCCGAACUGAAACUGUUAAUAUGUCCAUUAAAUAUAGCGCAUUAUGGAUACAUUUUCAAAAAUUUUCAUUAACCCAGAAUAUGCGAGCUUUACCAGAAGAAAUUGAAUUUGUACAGUUCUUAUUAAACGUUGGUGAUGGAAGUCUUAAUAAUUUAGAUGAUGAAUUAAAUCUUCCUGACAUGUGUUCAACAUCAAAAAAUAAUGAUAUUGUAGAUAAUGUAUACGGUAAUAUUAUUAGAGGUAAACGUUAUACCGAACUUACAAAAACUGUAAUUUUAUCAGCUAGAAAUGUAGAUGUAGAUGCAAUCAAUCGAGAAGUGGUUUCUCUUUUAGAUUCAUCAACGGAAAAAAUUUAUGCGGCUGUUGACAGUACAGAAAAUUGUGACAAUGGUAAUAUGGACGAUGCUAUUUUACCCGAAUAUUUAAAUACAUUAAAUCCACCCAAUUUUCCUCCUUACGAACUACAUUUGAGGCAAUAUGCUAUAGUCAUGUUGAUUAGAAAUAUAAACUUAAGCGAAGGGCUUUGUAAUGGUACAAGAUUAAUCGUUGAAGACUUGGGAGUUUUCGUUUUACGGUGUAAAAUUUUGACCGGUGAUAAAGCUGGUGAUAUUGUUUUUAUUAAGAGAAUGACAUUGUAUUGUGAAAAUAUAUAUCCUUUUACUUUUAAAAGACGCCAGUUUCCAAUUAAAGUAGCGUUUUGUAUGACCAUUAAUAAAGCCCAAGGUCAAACUUUUGAUAAAGUCGGAAUUGAUCUCACCAAAGACGUCUUUAAUCACGGUCAAUUAGAUUUAUUUAUAACUUACGUUUAG